AUGACGGCGGGGGCGUGCUCGUGUACAGCUGAUGCGGAGGCAGCCACCCUACGAAAAGAAGCUCGUGAGCACAAGGAACAGCUGGAAGAUGUCCUGCAGGCGACCAGCACAGGCACACCGCGCUCGAUCGCACGGCCAUGGGACACAGAUGUGGCGGCAGCGCGAUCCGCGCUUCGUGCGUCCUAUGUUGCCCUGCUUCUUUCCUGUACCUUUACACGAGCUGCUCAGCUAGUGGAUACGAUGAUAUGGUCUGAUACCACGUACUGCUUCAUCUCGACAAUGCGGGCCUCUCUCGCACGGCUCGAGCGUCAGGCACAGCAGGCACCUACCUCGAAAGGCGAUGCCCCCAAACAGGACCGCAAAAGUGCCAAGCUCAAGGCCUACCAGACGACUAUGGAUGACCUUUUGCGAUUCAUCGAUGACGAGUCGGCGUUCUAUGCAGCGCUCCUGAUGCAAAUCACUCGUCUCUUCCAACUGGAUGAAUUGCAGGAUAUGCUUACGACGCUGCGUUUGCAAGACGUUUCCGGCGUGCAAGCUUCGGAUCUCACGACACCUAGCACACUUCGGCCCGAUAUGCUGGAAGCAGCGCACAUGCCGGCCUAUCGUCACCAGCUCUACGAAACGUUGCAGCGCUUGCUUAUUUAUCUCGGCGACUUGGCGCGCUACCGAGAAAUGCAUGCUGUGCUUCCUCCGAUUCUGGCACCUCGUCGCCGGGGUGGCGAGCCACGCUCGCCUGAUUUUGCACGCGCCGUCCAAUUGUACCACAAAGCGCACCUGCUUCUUCCUGAUCAUGGCAAUCCGUCCAAUCAGCUAGCCGUGAUCGCUACCUUUGUGGGUGACACAUUUGGCGCGACCUAUCAGUACUACCGUGCCCUAUGUGUACGUAUGCCGUUCGACAAGGCCCGUCACAAUUUGCAUCGCCUCUUGGACAAGGCCUUUGCGGCCUGGUCGGCCUCAGCGCUGCGUGACGAAGUGCUUACCGCUUGGCGUCAAGCGGCGUUGGAAGACAGCCCAGGUCGCCGUGUGCCUGUGCCGACAAUCAGUGCACGUUGGUCCUCCACAGCAGACUGGUUUGAAUCCGUGGUCCAAUUCCACAGCCUGUGUGCUUUGCGGGCCGAUUUGGAUGCGGCCUGGGUACUGAACGACGCUUUGCUUAAGCACGUUCUCACGAUGACAGAAGUGCAUGAACUUCGUGCUGUGGACUACUUACGUCUCGUCGUGACAGGUAUUUGUGCCUCGUGGCUGGCGCGAUUGUGGCGCGCGCCCCCGCAUGCGAAGCUCGCUUUCGCGGUGGGCGAGCCUUACUCGGCGCAUAUUCCGAGUGAUACCAUUGACGAGCAUGUACGGCAUGCAUGGGAAUCGCUGCUGGUGUGCCAUGUGCUGGGCCUCCUAGCAGCGCUUCUCGCGGUGAAUCGACAUACCCUCGUAAGCACACUGCGUGCGCAGCCCACGUCGCUGAGUGAGCCGCAGCUGCUUUCUGUCUCGCGCGGCCUACGGCGGACCUUGCCAGCGAUCCGAAUGGGUCUCAAGUGGGUUAAGGGCCACGUCGCGUACAUGGCACAGUGCCGUACGCAGGCGGCCGCCGCGGCUACCGAGCUGCAGCAGGCCGUCGACACCGACGAGGCUGCCUCACGUCUGGCCACCGAUGCUGUGGCGCGAUUGGCCUGCAUGCAGCGGAGUGUGGAUGCCCGCAUGACCUCGUUUUGGAGUGCGUUGAUCGACUUUUGCAAUCUGCUGCGCGCGGCGUACCCCUUUGAUCUCUUGCCGACCGUGCAUGAGGCCAGUCAGGACGUCGGUCGGAUCCGUGUGCAUGUGGCGGAAGACGAUGACUUGCGGUACUUGGGUCCCAUCCGUCGCGCCAUGCAGCAUGGUGAGGAGUCGCAGUAUGCGCUUCCUGUGCAAGAGCCGACGGACUGCGCUAGUGCAGGAUCGGACUACGCGCGCAUCACCGAUAUCCUGAUCGACGCCAAGGUCAUGAGCGAGUCGCCCUCAGUCGAUAUGGCCUUCGACGAUACACGUGCCAUGUUUGUAGCCCGUGCGUCAUUGUGGGCGGUGGACGACCAGGAGGACGAUCCGUUGGAGUUGGCCAUGCGUGCGCUCAACGCUGGCGCUGCGCCCACGGUCCCUGCGCCUUCGUUGUGGAACGCCAUGGACCCUACAGCUGCAUCCCCGCCACCAGCAAGUACCGCUAGCGCCACGGAUCCCUCGUCGAUUUGGUCGACGCCUACGACGCCGUGGAAGACGUGA